AAUAAAUAAAAUAAAAUAAAAUAAAAAUGGAAAAUAGCCCUUAUGACCAGCUGCUAUGAGCCUAUGAGCUAUAUAUCUCCAACUGCAGAGUACACCACGCAACUACCACCAUCACCACCUUAGAUUUCACCGUCACUCAUCACUAAACGCCAAGAAGCAACCAGAAGCUCGCCCCCCACGCUAACCUCAACAAUGGGCAAACAGCCAAUCACCACCACCACCACUGCCGCCACCACCAAAUCGGAAUCCGCCGCCGCUGCCGCCGAGUUCAAGCUGGUCGGAUUUAAAUCCUUCGUCCGCACAAACCCCAGGUCCGACCGCUUCCCCGUCCGCCGUUUCCACCACAUCGAGUUCUGGUGCGGCGACGCUACCAACGCUGCCCGCCGCUUCUCCUGGGGCCUCGGCAUGCCCCUCGCCGCCAAGUCCGACCUCUCCACCGGAAACUCCGCCCACGCUUCCUACCUCAUCCGCUCCGGCCAGCUCGACUUCCUCUUCACCGCCCCCUACUCCCCCUCCGUCUCCGACCCCUCCACCGCCGCCAUCCCCUCCUUCUCCCUCCCCGCUCACCGCUCCUUCACCUCCUCCCACGGCCUCGCCGUCCGCGCAAUCGCCUUCGAGGUCGAUUCCGCCUUUUCCGCCUACUCCACCUCCAUUUCCCAUGGCGCCAUAUCGGUUUCCCCCCCAAUUCUGCUAGCCGACGGCAAAACCGCUAUAGCUGAAGUACAAUUGUACGGCGACGCCGUCCUGCGCUACGUGAGCUAUGGUGAAACCUCCCAUCUCUUUCUGCCGGGAUUCGAGCCCGUAGAUAACAAAUCUUCCUAUCAGGAACUGGAUUACGGGAUCAGACGGCUGGAUCACGCCGUGGGCAAUGUCCCCGAACUCGGGCCUGCAGUCGAGUACCUAAAGAAAUUCCUAGGGUUUCAUGAAUUCGCCGAGUUCACUGCCGAGGACGUGGGGACAGCCGAAAGCGGGUUGAAUUCAGUUGUUCUAGCCAACAACGAGGAGAAUGUUUUGAUUCCAUUAAACGAACCGGUUUAUGGGACAAAGAGAAAGAGCCAGAUACAGACUUAUCUGGAGCACAAUGAAGGUCCCGGCGUUCAGCACUUGGCUUUGGUAUCUGAAGACAUUUUCCGAACGCUUGAGGAGAUGAGGAAGAGGAGUGGAGUUGGGGGGUUCGAGUUCAUGCCUUCACCUCCACCUACUUACUACCAGAAUCUGAAGGGUCGGGUUGGAGAUGUUUUGAGUGACGAGCAGAUUAAAGAGUGUGAGAGGUUGGGGAUUUUGGUUGACAGGGAUGAUCAAGGGACCUUGCUUCAGAUUUUCACCAAGCCGGUGGGCGAUAGGCCAACCAUAUUCAUAGAGAUAAUCCAGAGAAUAGGGUGCAUGCUCAAAGACGAACAUGGAAGGACUUAUCAGAAAGGCGGGUGUGGAGGAUUUGGAAAGGGCAACUUCUCAGAACUCUUUAGAUCCAUUGAAGAAUAUGAGAAAAUGCUUGAAGCUAAACUAGUGACUGAAAAGGCAAAGGCUUGACCGGCAUGCAAACAUGCUUACAAACUAGUAAAAAAAUAAAGAACUGCGAAAGCUCUUGAACUACAUUAUAUGCCUGUAAUCGUGAGUGAACUUUUAUCGUGUGAAAACUCCAGUUUCUUAAUAUUUUAUUGUGCUGUCUGCCAUUUAAUGGACCAUGUAAUGACAAUGUUCGAAUUAAAUGCAAUUUGUGUAUGGUUGUUUUGAUCAUCCCAGAUGAUCUAUGUGUUUGUAUUCUGCAAUUCAUCAGAGACAAUUGCUAUUAUGUGGUCUUGAAGUUUCUCGGGAUGUGACUUGGAGGUGGCAAUGAAUCAAAGAUAGUCCUGACCAUCUGCAAAAGGGCUCUGUAUUUUUACAAACCUCUUUCGUUGAGUUUCUUUCUUUCUUUCUGGUUCUAAGUUAUAUGUGUCAAUUCGUUAAAAAAACAUAUUAUUAUAUCGUGAAAUUUCUUGAUUUUACAAAUUGUUAAAUAGUUUUCUUUGAUUCUAAAGUUUUGUUUCUAGGCAAUAUCUAUGCCUGACCUAGUUGCCCUCCUAAAUCAUACCUACUGGCUACUAGUGCACUACUAUCUG